AUUUUGGUUUUCUAUGUCGGGCCAAGAUGCGCGCGCAUUUCUGAUGGAGAGUCGUGUUUUUGGGAUAGUUACUGCCACACAGUUCUGACUGGGAUUUCCUUGACGCAAGUCAAGGCAGUGUGCUAAAAGCUUCGAAAUGAACAUACUCCUCGGAAAUUGUGUGGGCAGCUGCGACCAGUUGGCGGGUCCGCCGCCGGACUUCAUCCUCUCGAUGCCGCCGCCACCGCUGCCGUCCUUCCUCAUCUCAAAGCCGGCGACCGUGGACAUCCUGGUGCCCUCCAAUGAGUCGCAGCCGUGCUUCGCCGCCUUCAUGUGUGGCCACGGGAUGCAGCACAACGAGAGCGGCAAUGCGCUGAUGGAGCUGGUGAGAAGCGACUCCAAGAGCCUGGAGAACAUGUGGCUCUUCGUCUCGUCCUGCAUCGGGAUCUUCGUGUUCGGCUGCUUCCUGGCCCUCAUCGUGAUCAGAUGCAGAGACUCCUUCUUUUCGUACCACGACACCAACAUCAAGCAGACGGCCAUCAACGCCCUCGGCGAGGCCACCAAGUCGAACGCCUUCACAUCCGGCGGAAUCCUCUAUCCCUGCGCCACGGCCAACAGCCGGGAUCUCCUCCAGAGCCAGCUGGUCAACGACAGCCGUCUGUUGUGGGCCACCCUAACGCCCCACGGCACCCGGCACUUCAUCAUCGAGAACUCGCAGGACGGGCACUAUGAGUCGGUGGACUAUCGCGGCAAGUCCCAUGGCCAAGUCUUCCGCGGCUAUGAGAAGCACUCGCAGUCGUUUGUCAAGUCUUUUGACAACAAUGGCUUCGUUGACUACGACUACGAGGACCCCACGCCGUUGAUGGACUCUUACCAUGAUGAUAUGGACUCCGGCUACCAGGAGCCACAUGAGGUCACCGGAUCCCUGAAGCGGUCUGCGAUGCGGACCAUGGACUCAUCGACAAACGACACCCCGACCAGUGCCGGAUCGAACCACUCCAACCAAAACGGCAACUCCAAGUCCAUCAACCGCAAGACGACGCUCUCCCGUCGCAUCAGCGAUGCAUCCUCCCAAAACGGAACAUCCAUGUAAAGGCAAUGUCAAUUGGGGAACACUUUGCGAGUGGCGUCUUGUAAAUUACAAUUGGAGGCACUUGGGAGGACCCUCGGCGGUCAUGUCGUCCACAACACACUACAGAUGGUAAUGAUCACACGCUGAUAUUUUAGACUAUUUUAAGAGGUGAAGCACAUGCGUGGGUUGUUGCGGGAUCGCAAGAGUCGCUGGUCCGUGGUCUCAUGAGGACACUUCUUGGUUUUGACCGGAACUUUAAUCCCGGGCCAGAGUCGUUACAUUUGAAGACAUUUAAGGACAAACUCAACCUACAUAUAUGAAUUUUAAACUGUCUAAGCCA